AAAGGUUGUCUUCUUUACCUUCAAAACCCUCCCUUCCUCUUCAACAUUACCUUAUCCGUAAGAAGCAAAAGCAAAGCCACCAUGUCUGCCUCUGCUUGUGCUUCGUCUUUAGUCCUCCCUUCUCUAUCACCCAAAACUCUCUCUCUCUUCACUCCAAAGCCCUUUUCGCUCUCUUUUUGUGCUCUUUCUUCAACCCCUCUCAAGCUUCAAGCGAACCUCAUUUGCGUUUCUGCUUCUAGAGGGUUUGGGAACUUGUCUUCUCGGUUCGUCCGCAACGUUAUUUCUUCCGACCUCGGACUGGGAGAGGGGGUCUUGAGCGACACUGGGGCGUCCAGUUUCUCCCCUGACCUCAAACUCUUCGUGGGCAAUCUUCCUUUCAGCGUUGACAGUGCCCAGCUCGCUGGUCUCUUUGAAAGUGCUGGAAAUGUUGAGAUGGUUGAGGUGAUUUAUGACAAAACGACUGGAAGAAGCAGAGGGUUUGGCUUUGUGACUAUGUCUACCAUCGAGGAAGUUGAAGCAGCUGCUCAGCAGUUUAAUGGCUAUGAGCUUGACGGAAGGCCAUUGAGGGUGAAUUAUGGACCCCCUCCCUCACGUGGAGAUGCUCCUAGAGGUGGCAGAGGUAGUUCAGCAGGUUAUGAUUCUAGUAACCGUGUUUAUGUGGGUAACCUUUCAUGGGGUGUUGACAAUGAUGCUCUUGAGACACUGUUUAGUGAGCAAGGGAAGGUUUUGGACGCCAGGGUGGUUUAUGACAGGGAGAGUGGAAGGUCAAGGGGUUUUGGUUUUGUAACCUACAACACUGCUGAAGAGGUCAUCAGUGCCAUUGAAUCCUUGAAUGGUGUUGAUUUGAAUGGAAGAGAAAUUCGCGUCACCCCUGCAGAAUCUAGGCCGAGGAGGUCAUUCUGAAUAUUGAAUCUUCUAAAUGGCCUGAGCCAACAACAGACUGGGGGAGUGAGAAACUGUGCAGCUGCACUGCAGCACUUCAUUGAAGAAUUUGCAUAGCACAUGCCUUUGACACAUUUGCCUCUUGGUAUGGUGUUUAGUUUUUGACAUAUAUCCCUCAAAUGGCUGGGAGAUGCAAUUAUUAUGAUUUUGUUCUUUCUGUUUUUUACUAUGUUCUGAGUACCUUAGUUCAGUAAUGGAACUGAUAUUUGUUGUAUCAUUUUCAACGUAAAUGGAUCUACUUGGUUUUUUGACUCCACAAAAA